AUGACGAGUACAGCAGCUAAUACAAGAGAGUCAUCAAAUGAUACAAUCGUUCCCAAAAGUCCAUUGGAAUGUUCGUGGACAUUUUGGUACUUGAAACCCGAUAAACGAACCAGUUGGGAACAGUCAUUAAUUAAACUGAUCGAUGUGGGUUUCGUCGAAGACUUCUGGGCAACAUUCAAUCAUUUAGCAACCCCAGCGAAACUAGCGUCAAUGAGAACCAAUUCGGAUUAUUUUUUCUUCAAAAAAGGAAUUCGUCCAAUGUGGGAGGAUAAAGCUAACGAAAGAGGUGGUCGAUGGUUAUUAAUGUGUGCCAAUCAAGACAACAAACUCGAUGACCUAUGGUUAGAAACCUUGCUCGGUAUGAUUGGUGACUGCUUUUCCAGCGAUUCUGAUUCUCAACCAUUGAGUCACUUUGUAACUGGUUGUAACGUGUCCAUUCGUAAUCGUGGUCAUAAAAUUGCUCUUUGGUUGUCGGAAGGUCAAAAUGAAACCGUCAUACGUGAAAUCGGCCGUCGAUGGAAAUCGAUGAUCAAUCUCUCAUCAGACGUUCAUAUUCAAUUCGAUUUACACAAUGAAAGUGCAUCAGGACCGUCGAAGCCAGCACGAUAUGAAGCAUAA